AUGGCGCAACCGUCUGGACGACGCCAGGCUUUGGCAGACUUUGCUCGCAGUUUGCACACAACCUUCUCCACAGCCAGUGCUUCAAGCGCUCCUCUUCUCUCCCCCAAUGACAUACACAGACUGGAUGUCGAGCUUAACAGCAACCCGUUUGGCACCGUGGCAAUUACAUCGGGUAAUGAGCAACUGGAUACGAUUGGUACAUUGCUGUGGAAUGACUGCAUUGAGCUCCUGGUGUCGCAUGGUAACAAUCCGAAUGAUGUGCUGUUGCUUGGCAAAGUGAGGGCUCUCGCAUUUGCUGUGUUGAAUAUGGCUGUGUUGCCCGAUCUCCUAGGGAGUAUCAGGGCUCUUGAUCUGGCCCUCAAGGCGGCACGUAUUUGCCUUGUGAACCAGCAAUGUGAAAUUGCGCUGAAUAUCCUGUCAGUCGCAGCCCUGAGGCUGGCAAGUAUUCAGCCUGCUCAUCUUGGCCUUGACGCCACAAUUAAUGGCACUCUCACUACCCGAUACAACUCGCUUCGUGCUCGACUGGCCUGGUUUCAGGACCGAGUAGAUAUCGCCGAGCAUUUCUUUGCGAAAGUUUCUGUGCCUGGUUUGACGGAUGAUGAAGAGGCGGUUUUCGAAACUUGUUUUAUCAUUGGCGACUCUGCACUCGCACGACGACAGUUUGACAUUGCAUUAAUUUGGCUGGAAAGAGCGAGAGAUCGCUUGGAGGCUUUGUCCAUUAUGACUGAGAUCAAAUUUCCAGAUUACCAUAACUGGAACCUGGUUGUUCGACAUUCCCUUGCCGUGGCUUGUACGCAAAUUAAAACUUCCUACUCAGACCUCUUGUACAAUCUUGAAAUGGGAGUCUUGAGAGAAAAUUACCCAGAGCACCCUGCUGUGAUUCUUUUUGAUCUUUCUAUGGGACACAAUAAUCCAGGUCUGCAGAGUCUGGUCGAGAAGACGACUCUCACAGAUAUGAACAUGCCUAUAAUUUUCCAAUUUGCCCGCUCCUUGGGACAUGCAGGUGGUUCAGACAACGGGAUGGAAGCACUUCGAAUACUGCUCAUGCGCCCCCUGCCAUCAAGAGAAUGGACAGAGAAAUGCUUUGUCUCUUUUACGCUGCUUCUGAGCAGAUCUGAAUGUUCUGAUCCUAUGCGUAUUCGCACGCUUCGGGGUGUGAUUGACGCACUGGAGCAACGUGGAUUUCCAUCAAUCAGUGCCAACGCAGCUCACGCCACCGUGAUCUGCAUUUGGAAAAUGACUGGCAGUGCCCUUCUCAAGAACGACUACUGGACUGCACAACUCUGGCUUCAGAUGUGCAGCGAACCCAAGAUCUUUCAACACUGCUCCCAAUUCAUUCAGAUCGCUAUACAAAAGAAGCUGCUAGUAUGUUAUCUACAGACUGGAAAUCUCGCCGCUGCUCGUCGGUUGAUGGAUCGGGGCCUAGUCCAAAGCCAGGUAGAUUGCGGACGGUUGUAUUUGUCCUACAAGUUGAGCUUGCUUGAGGGAAAAGACGGCUCUGGGCAUUUCUAUCUCGGCUUUCCUCUUCACCCCGUGCCGCACAAGCAAAUGAGUCUAUUGUCGUGCGCGAUUGAAGCUCAAAGACAAGACAAACCAGAAGAAGUACUUAAUUGUUUCGAUCAAUUGACCAAAUGCUUGACUUCAGAUGAUAUUUAUCAUCAGGACUUUACCGCUGCCGAACAUUACAUAUUUGCAAUUACUCUACUUUUGCAAGAGCUUCAGAAAGGCUUCAGCCAAAGGCUUGGCGAGUGUAUCGAGACUGUACUCCGGAGUGCCCUGUCUUAUGCAAAAGAGAACAGCAUGUUUGAAGGUGGCGACCAGGAGGUCUCAGUUACUCAACUACAAUUCCUGUAUUUCGCAACUUACAAUCUUGCUUUGAAACUUAUCAACUCUUCUGGAUUCCUUCAUGCUACUUCGGUCUUGAAUUACUCGAGAGAGUUUGCGCUUCAAUAUCGUCAGAUUGCUUACCCUGAGAUGGAUUCCAAUGCACCAAGACCGCAUCUCUUUGCAGUUGCUUACCUCCGUCUUCUUGCUGCUUCACUUAAAGCCCGCCGCGAGAUCGAUCAGAAUAAGAAGAUAACGCGCUACGUGGAUGUACGCAUAUGUUUCAAGCAACUCAAACAGUUGCAUGGCUGGGAAGAUGAAGAAGAAGCAUCCGAGGAGACGAAUGAGAAGGAAGACAGGCACCUUGACAUUGCGCGAUUCUUCGACUUUGAGGCUUCCAUGUAUCUCAGGCAGUGGGACGAGAUUAUCGGCUCUUGUGCGUCGGAUGAGAGAUUCCCCAAACCGAAGUUUUACGCACCAAUCCUAGAUCUAAAUUUCCAAUGGAGCCUACCACCCGCAGUGUCGAUUCCGAUCAUCAAGCACAUCAUGUCAAAGCUUAGCGAGCUACAGAACGAUCCCCCUACUACAUUCCAGGGCGAUUUCCGGGUUUCUUUGCCCCGCUACCUCCAUUGUCUAUUUUCUCGAGCCAUUGCACCACCCCCAUUCAUAAACCCGAAUACAAUUGACUUCUUGGAUGUCAAAAUGGCCAAUGCAGAGGUUGCUGAAGAAGUGCUCGACAGAGUCCUUGCCAUAAUAGAUAAAGAGACCAGCGGUGGAGAGGUCAAACAAGAAGAGCAGGAUUCGAAUCCCAUCCAAUCCGGCUCUACGCUGAAUGAUGAACCUGCAUAUCCAGUUGCGGAGUUACUCAAGAUUUCUUCCGUGGCUUUCAACAAGGCUACUGACUUUUACCGCGCGACACGGGACGAGGACUGUCAGCGUUGGGCGAAAAAGGCUAUUCGUAUCGCUCAGCUUGCACCGGGUUCCCAGGCCAGACAGCUGGUUCAGACACUUCAGACUAGGUUGGGGAGCUUGGUUUGA